GCUCAACUUAAAUUGUGCCUUUUAUUGAAAUUUUAGUUCGGCUCCUAACGCUCCUAAAAAAAAGUACUUUAACCGAGGAGUGUCUUAACCACAAGUUUACCUUCCAAAAACACGUGCACAAUGAACAACUAUUUUUCAUCGGUUUUGUUAGUUUGGGGUUGUUUAAUAGCAUGCAGUUUUGCUUUGAACGUAGGCAGAUCAACCAGUGUAAAUUACCCUGUUGCUACAACUACAAUCAGACCAACAGAAGUUUCAACGAAAUCAAGGUACGAAAAAGGUUUGGAAGAUUACGAUGAAGCUUUGGCCAAUUCUAGGCAAGGUAGAGGCAUGUACGAUCAUGAUUACGACCACGACCACGAUCACGAUUUAAUUGUCGAUCAUCCGCCGGAAAUGAAAAUGAAAGAACAUCCAAAACAGGCGAUGGACGUUUGGACCAGUUAUUACGAGUUCAUCAUAAAUGAAUGGUCAUUUAAGUUUUGGUCUGCGUUUCAGCUAUUCACUGCUCUGUUGCUAAUUUAUUCGGCCCUUGCUGCAGCUUACUAUGCGAAAUUCAACAUAAUUACCACUGAUUACGAUUACUACGACGAUUUCUUCGGAAGGUCGAACAACGAUGCCCCCACGAGCAAUUUAUGGUCAGGAUUGACGUCCUCGACAGUUCAAAGGAUAUUCGAUGCGAUUUCGUCAAAAAAAUAUACAUGAGACUGUAAUUAAGGCGGACGAAUCGGAAUAUAGCCGACUUCGUUUCCGUCCCCCUCUUCCGUUAAUAUAUAUUUG